UUUGAAUGAAAAGUUAUGACAUUUUAAGCGCCAUGAAAGUAAUAUGGUUCACUGCGAAGCGAAACUUAAUUCGAUUUACUUUUGAGCGGAACGUACUAUUAGAAGUGCUUGCUUCCAGGGGAGUUGUAAUGUGACGCACACGCAAGAGGAGGUAGCGUUACAGCUCAAGGAGACCCAUGCAUGAGAUUCCCUAUCCCACAUUUAAACAGAGGCCAACAGAGAUCAAAUGCUCAAGAGCAUUAACAACGGGACAGCACAAUGAACAGUUCUGUAUUGAUAUUGUAAGGAAGAGGGACUAUGAGGGGUUUUUGUGUUCAUUGCUUUUUCCUGAGGCUGUUCGUCGAUCUGCACUGGCACUGAGGGCGUUCAAUGUAGAACUGGCACAGAUUAAGGACUCUGUUUCUCAGAAAACCAUUGGUUUAAUGCGAAUGCAGUUCUGGAAGAGCGCUGUAGAGGAUAUUUACAGAGAUGACCAUCCAGCCCAGCCCGUCAGUGCAGAGCUGUGGAGGGCAGUGAGGAAGCACACAUUAACAAGGAGGUGGAUGCUAAGAAUUAUAUCUGAAAGAGAGAAAGAUCUGGAGGACAAAGCGUACAGGAACCUUCAGGAGCUGGAGGACUAUGGCGAAAACACACAAUCCUCUCUUCUUUACCUGCUUCUGGAGACACUUGGUGUGAAAAAUGUCCAUGCAGACCAUGCCGCAAGCCACAUUGGCAAAGCCCAGGGCAUCCUGACCUGUCUUCGGGCAACUCCCUACAACAGCAGCAGACGCAAGGUCUACCUGCCCAUGGACAUCUGCAUGCUGGUGGGUAAAUCUGUUAUCACCCUGUCAUCUCUGUUCCUUUCUGAAAUUCCAUGCUUUUCUAACAUCAGAGGCACUAGUGAAGGACUAGAGACAAUCCAUGUGCCAGUCAGCAUAUAUGUGGGUGAAGCGGUCCACUCCAGUGCCCUCUCGUCUGCUAAGCCCAAGCCCAUGGCAUUUGUUUCAGCCAUCUGUCGCCAUUUCAGCAUGAACGAGCCAUUAGAGUUGGGAUUUAGAAGAUCUUUCCCUUAG